AUGGCUCAAGUCCUCCAAAAUGUUUAUCGACUGGCCUUCCCCGUGGCUAUUGGGGGUAUGCUAGUUCAAAAUUCCCUUUACGAUGUCAAGGGCGGCACACGAGCUGUCAUCUUCGAUCGAGUGUCUGGUGUGCAAGAGAAGGUCGUCAACGAAGGAACACAUUUCUUGAUCCCCUGGUUGCAGCGCGCAAUUGUCUACGAUGUCCGCACGAAGCCUCGCAACAUCUCCACCACAACAGGAAGUAAGGAUUUGCAGAUGGUUAGCUUGACGCUGCGUGUGUUGCACCGCCCGGAGGUGCCGAAGCUGCCGCAGAUCUACCAGUCAUACGGUACCGAUUACGAUGAGCGUGUCCUCCCAUCCAUCGGAAACGAAGUCCUCAAGGCCAUCGUGGCCCAGUUCGACGCCGCCGAGCUGAUCACACAACGUGAAGCUGUCUCCAACCGUAUCCGCACUGACUUGAUGAAGCGUGCUGGACAAUUCAACAUCGCCCUCGAGGACGUCUCCAUUACACACAUGACCUUCGGAAAGGAGUUCACACGGGCCGUCGAGCAGAAGCAGAUCGCCCAACAGGAUGCCGAGCGGGCCCGAUUCAUCGUCGAGCGUGCCGAGCAGGAGCGCCAGGCCAACGUCAUUCGCGCUGAGGGUGAAGCCGAGAGUGCCGAUAUUAUCAGCAAGGCCGUUGCCAAGGCGGGCAGCGGACUGAUUGAGAUCCGUCGUAUCGAAGCCAGCAAGGAGAUCGCCGCGACUAUGUCUUCGAACCCCAACGUCACUUACCUGCCUGGUGGAGAGGGAAAGGAUGGAAGCAAGAGCACUAGCCUCCUGCUGGGUCUGCGGAGUUAG